AUGAGUAGUGUUGUUAAUAAAAGUGGUACCAGAUUUGCUCCUAAGGUCAGACAACGUAGGACCGCUACGGCUAGUCCUGUGCCGUUGUUGACGCAACGAUUGCCCGCUAAGACGAAUGUCAUUGAAGAUAAACCUAGUGAUGUUGAAAAAUCAAAUAGUGAUAGAGAAGAUGACAUGCAUGAUAGAGAGGAUAGAGCGCUUGUUAGGGGUAAUGAAGAAGACGCAAAAGUGUCUAUUAGUAUGGACGUGAGUCCCGUGGAGAAACCGUCGACGCUAUCAAGAGAUGAGCUUUUCACAUUUUUGGAUACUAGUACUCAACGAUCAAAACCUCAUGUCGUACAAGCACGUUCUAGUAGAUUAAACUCGUUGACACACCAUCUCCUAGGUACAAUCGACGCUAAACCCGUAUUCAAACCGUCCUACAAUGAAAUGACUGUCCCGCCAACGAGAAGACUCUCCACCAUAUCAAACGGUAAUCGUAAUCCGAACACCUUACCAAGAAGAAUUAGAAUCAAUAGUCUUCUAGAUAAUGCUAGUCCAAAUGAUGAUACUUUGAGAUCGAUAAAGAAACGUAGAAAAUCGUCUGCUUCACGCAGAAAAUCAACUUCAACACAUAGAUUGAGUGUUGUUUCAAAGAUUAAACGUGAUCCAGCGCUUGAUACUGAUGGAAUAUACGACAGAAAUGGUAACGUACAUGAUCCAUUCAAGAUUAGAAGUAUCAAAGAUCUUCCAAAAAAAAUAGAAGAAAAAGAUUCCUCACGUUAUACUAUUGACGAAUCAAUUUUUACUAUGGCGGAUCUUUGUAAACCAACUUUACCCAUUGGUGAAAUUUCAGAUAAUUUUGAGAGAGCCAAUCAGGCAACAAGAAGCAAAUUAGAAAAACGUAAAAAGAGAAGAGAGUUGAGACAAAAAGCACGUGAAGACUUUAAAUCAUUACAAGCUCUUAAUAAAGAAGAGGAUGAGAGAUUGAAACAAGAACGUAAGGAAGCUGCAGAAAAGUUUUUAAAUAGAGAUGUUCCAGAAUAUCAAGAGACUCCCACACAAGGUAUCAAAUUGAAAUUGAACCCUGACGGUCAAAUUAACGUCGAUGAAGAAUCCACUGUUGUGGAUAGACAUAAAAAUGCUUCAUUAGAAAAUGCACAUAAGGAAAAAGUUGAUGAGAAUCCCUUUGAAAAUCUAUAUAACUAUGGGACUUACGGUAAGGGUUCAUACACAGAUCCAUGGAAGACAGAAGAACUAAUCAAGUUUUAUAAAGCUCUUUCCAUGUGGGGUACAGACUUCAAUGUGAUUUCUCAAUUGUUUCCUUACAGGACAAGAAGACAAAUUAAAUCGAAAUUUAUUAGUGAAGAGAAAAAGCACCCUGUAAUGGUCGAGUUAGCAUUGAGAUCGAAACUACCGCCUGAUUUUGUACAAUAUUGUACUGAUAUUAAGAAAGAAAUUGGUACUGUUGAUGACUUCAACAAAAAAAUUGAAGAAUUACAGAUUAAUCAUGAAAACAAUUUGAAGGAAUUGGAAAGAGCUAAAGAAAAUGCUAAAUUGGAAGAUAUAAAGACUCAGAACGAACUCGAAAAUAGCCCAAUCAACAAGAAAUCUGCUGGUGGUCUCAUGAGUAACGAUCUAAAGAACUAUAGAAAAUCUGAAGUGGUUCUUGGUACGAUCGACGAUAUCAAAAGACAACGUGAAGAAACUGCCAAGAAAGAAGAAGAUGACGAAAAUGAUGGUGACGUUUCUACUGCUGCUGAGUAG